AUGCCGGCCUCGGCGUCUCACCGCAAGUACGAGGCUCCUCGCCACGGUUCGCUCGCUUACCUUCCCCGGAAGCGGAGUGCCAGCCACCGUGGUCGCGUCAAGUCCUUCCCCAAGGAUGACCCGAAGAAGCCGGUCCACCUGACCGCCUCGCUCGGCUACAAGGCCGGUAUGACCACGAUCGUUCGCGACCUCGACCGUCCGGGUGCCAAGGCGCACAAGAAGGAGGUGGUGGAAGCUGUGACAAUUAUUGAUACCCCGCCUAUGAUCGUCGUGGGCCUUGUUGGGUACAUCGAGACCCCCCGCGGCCUGCGGUCGCUUACCACUGUGUGGGCUGAGCAUCUGGGUGACGAGCUGAAGCGCCGGUUCUACAAGAACUGGUACAAGAGCAAGAAGAAGGCUUUCACCAAGUACGCCAAGAAGCACUCCGAGAGCAAGGGUGCCUCGAUCGCCCGCGAGCUGGAGCGCAUCCGCAAAUACUGCACGGUCGUCCGUGUCCUGGCCCACACCCAGAUCCGCAAGACGCCCCUGAAGCAGAAGAAGGCCCACCUGAUGGAGAUCCAGAUCAACGGCGGCUCCGUCGCCGACAAGGUCGAGUUCGGCCAGGGUCUGUUCGAGAAGCCCGUGUCUGUCGACACCAUCUUCGAGCAGGACGAGGUCAUCGACGUCAUUGCCGUCACCAAGGGCCACGGUUUCACCGGUGUCACCGCCCGCUGGGGCACCAAGAAGCUGCCUCGCAAGACUCACAAGGGUCUGCGCAAGGUUGCCUGUAUCGGUGCCUGGCACCCGGCCCACGUCCAGUGGACCGUUGCCCGUGCUGGUCAGGACGGUUACCACCACCGUACCUCGGUCAACCACAAGAUCUACCGUGUUGGCAAGGGCGGUGCCGACGACAACGCCUCCACCGAGGUCGAUGUCACCAAGAAGACCAUCACUCCCCUCGGUGGUUUCGUCCGCUACGGCGAGAUCAACAACGACUUCGUCAUGGUCAAGGGUUCUAUCCCCGGUAUCAAGAAGCGUGUCGUUACCCUCCGCAAGUCGCUGUUCACGCACACCUCCAGAAAAGCCCUCGAGAAGGUCAGCCUCAAGUGGAUCGACACCUCGUCCGAGUUCGGUCACGGUGCCUUCCAGACGCCGGCGGAGAAGCAGCAGGUCCAAGGCACCCUCAAGAAGGACCUUGUCGCCAGCUCAUAA